UUCAUACAGUCCCUCUCUGACCACAGCCGAUGACAGCCAACGUGACGGGCUCAUUUGGCAGGGGCAUCAUGGUUGCAGAAGGGGAAUCGUUGGACCUGAGGUUUGAGCGAGACCACAAGGACUUUAUAGGGCGCAAAGGCGACAUCCAGUGGCCGUCUGAUGAUCCGAUAUCGAAUACUAUAUCUGAACAGAAUUAAGCGCGGGCUUGUUAUCUUACAUAGACCAUGAAUGAUAUCAGCAUUCUGUCGUGGUCGCAAUCGUGGUUGCAGUAAAAGGUGUCCACAGCCUUGAGUCAGUGACUUUAGCGAGUUACUCAGGGUCUGCAUGCCUCGCUUACUUCCACGUCUGCUCAAAAUCUUGCAAGAUGCCCCAGAGCCCAGCUCGUUGAGCAAUGGAUAUACGCGCUACAAAAAGCGUGUUUCCAUGAAAAAUACUAUCCCAGAGACGCCUACUUUCUCUCCAGAAGGCAGGACUCACUCGAUUUUGUUCGAUGACGCGAACCCGAUCACCCAAGGCCAUCUUUAUAACAGACACAAGUCACUACCACCCAGGGUUCGUCUUGUGAAGCCCUUACAAGAUACUGGGGGGCAUGAUCACCCGCGGGAAAUGACGAACGAGGAACGCGAAUGGUGGUCCAGCCCUUACCUCAGAAUGCUCACAUCGCCGUUGCGAGAGUGUCAAAUAACGCGUAAAAAGCUACCUCGUGACUUUCUCAUCCGUCUGGCACCCGUGCGCCUCCCCGCUUCUCAGGGAGUACGUGAACAGCAGACACUAGUUCCAGAUGGUGUCGAGCAUCCUAAAUUUAACCCUCGUCGAUCAACGCCUGCAUGUUAUAUUGUAUGCUGGAAAGAUGCCGUUCCAUUCGCAACUAAUAGAAUCCCACUGCGCAAAUUCUCCCCGAGCUUGACUGUGCCCCCUUUGCUAUCAGUGCGCAUCGGUUACCAACUCCGUUUACGAGUCCUACAGGAGCUGGACCUCCUUACUAAAAGACUUGCUGCGAGCCCUUUGGACGAUCCAGCGGCGACGGUGCUCCGAAGACUCACCCGUUCCGAAUGGAACGUAGUUCGACAAACCAACUCGAUACCUUACAAAGAUGCAGUCGCGCUGAUGGUAGUACCCCCCGUCAACCAGAACCCAGAUACGAAGGAGAGGCCACAACCCUCUGCACAAUUGAACAUCGCUGAUAUCGUGCAAAACGAUACUGACAGUUCGGAAAACUCACCGCGGCCUCUUCCUCCACUCUCCGUUCUCCAUCCAGUCACGGACGAUGAUAUAGGUUCUCCUCUUCUUCCAAAUGCGAAAGCCCCUCUCUACCACGGUCUCUCCUUGUUCCCUGCCCGACCACAGCGUGCAGCACUGCAUAAAGCACUCUGCAAACUACUUGAAGCGGAGCGUAGAGCGCGGUCGCGCGCGCUUCCGACUUCUGAUUCUUCCCAGUAUGAAAAGUCUGCGCGAGCCCGCGGUGAUGCCAAGGGAAGUCAUGCGUUCCUGUUGUGUUCGAACCAACAUACUGCCAACCGAGCGGAUGUUGUGCCUUUGGCAAUAGCUCUAUGGAGAUUGCGGAUGUGGGAGGGACAAGCUUAUGGUGACGCUGCUGAGACAAGUCACUGGGAGGUCGGUGCAGGAUGGAGGUUGUCCUGGGCAAAUCAGAUGUACUGAACAGCUACACCGAGAGUCGUAUAAUACUCAGCCAUGUCAUUUAUGUAAUCGCA